AUGGCCUCUUCUAUCGAAACCACUUUUGAAAAGGCAGUCAGCGACGGCGUCAUCGCCGGCGCCGUUUUGUACGCAGCGACUAAGGACAACGGGAUCGUCUUUUCCAAGUCCUUUGGACGACGAUCGCUCGACAAAGAUGCAGAACCCAUAGCCGCCGAUGACAUGAUGAGGCUGUACAGCGCUAGCAAGCUUAUUACUAGCAUUGCAGCUUUACAAGUUGUCGAAAGGGGUUUGAUUGGCCUUGACGACGACGUAUCUCACAUUCUUCCAGAGGUUGGCGCUUUGAAAGUGCUAACUGGAAUGAACGGCAGUGAGCCGGUGUUUGAAGAGCGGAAAGGAAAAAUUACUCUACGACUACUGCUGUCUCAUUCAUCCGGAAUCUCCUAUGCUUUCUUGUCUCCGCUUCUCCAGAAAUACAACCAAUCUCAAGGCGAAGCGCCAUUUCCGCCCUUCACAACCAUUAAAGACAGCUAUUCUGCUCCACUUGUCUACCAGCCUGGAACAGCUUGGGAGUACUCGGCUGCUAUUGACUGGGCUGGUGCAGUUGUCGCCCGUCUGAGUGGAACGAGUCUAGAAGAAUUCAUUCAGCAGAACAUCGCUAAACCCCUCGAAAUCAACGACAUGACAUUUUUCGUGAAUGACAAGCCAAACCUCAAAUCCCGAUUAGUGACGCCAGUUUUGAGAGAUCCAUCCGUCCCAGAUGGCAAAGGCAAAGUAGUCCCAGAUAAUGGGUCGUCGGGAUGGUUGGAUGCAGUAAGCGAAGAGCUUGGUGGCGCAGGCCUUGCAACAUCAAUGCAGUCCUACAUCAAAGUCCUGCACAGCAUUCUUGCAGACGACGGGAAGAUUUUGAAGCCGGAGACUGCUGAGAUGAUGUUCAAACCACAACUCACCCCAGCAUCGCAAAAGUCUCUACAAUCCCUAUUCGACCACAUUCCCAAAGGUCAAUCAGGAGGUGCGCCACCAUUUAUCGGCGAGUUUCCGCAGGUGAAAUAUGAUUUUGGGCUAGGUGGUAUGCUUAGCUUGGAGGAUGUUGAUGCUGGAUCCUUAACGUGGAGAAGAAAGGGAUAUCUGUUCUGGAGCGGAAUGCCUAAUUUAUUCUGGUUUAUGGAUCGCGAAGCUGGAGUAUGCGGAAUCUUUGGAACCCAAGUCUUGCCAAACGCGGACAACCAAAUUCGGGAACUGAUACGUACUUUUGAGCAAGUGGUCUACGAACGAUUUGCUUUCAAGGCCUAG